GUGGACAAGGAGCGGCUGCAGGUGAAGGUGGAGGCCGGGAUUCUGCUCUCGGAGCUCAACCGGCAGCUGGACCAGCACGGCAUGGCGCUGGCCAAUUUAGGAGCCGUGUCCGAGGUGACGGCGGCCGGAGUCAUCGGCACCGGCACCCACAACACCGGGAUCGAGCACGGGAUCCUGCCCACCCAGGUGGUGGCGCUGUCGCUGCUGGUGGCCUCGGGGGAGGUUCUGGAAUGUUCCGGCUCCGAGAACCCGGAGCUGUUCCGGGCGGCGCGGCUGCACCUGGGGGCGCUGGGCGUGGUCCUCGACGUCACCUUCCAGUGCGUGCCGGAAUUCCGGCUGCGCGAGGUCGCCUUCCCCUCCACCCUCAGCCAGGUCCUGGAUCAGCUGGAGGAGCACCUGCGGAAUUCCCAAUAUUUCCGCUUCCUGUGGUUCCCGCACACCGAGAACGUCCGGAUCAUCUACCAGGAUCCCACCAACCAGCCUCCCAGCUCCUCCUCCAGCUGGUUUUGGGAUUACGCCGUGGGAUAUCAUCUCCUGGAAUUCCUCCUCUGGAUCAGCUCCUUCUUCCCCGGGCUGGUGUCCUGGAUCAACCGCGCCUUCUUCCGGCUCCUCUUCAGCUCCCGCUCGGAAUGCGUCGACCGCAGCCACCGCAUCCUCAACUACGAGUGCCGCUUCCGCCAGCACGUCCAGGACUGGGCCAUCCCCAUCGGGAAAACCAAGGAGGCGCUGCUGGAGCUGAAGGCGGAGCUGGACCGGAAUCCCGGGAUCGGCGCUCACUUCCCGGUGGAGAUCCGCUUCUGCCGGCGGGACGAGAUCCCGCUGAGCCCCUGCUUCCGGCGGGACAGCUGCUACAUCAACGUCAUCAUGUACAGGGGUGGACCCCGGGGCAAUUCCAGGAUCCCAAAUUCCGAGGGUGGAUUCCCCAGGGCUCACAGCUGCACGAGGAAGGAGCUGGAGCUGAUGUUCCCCGAAUUUCCCAAAUUCUGCGCCCUGAGGGAGCAGCUGGACCCCAGCGGGAUUUUCCUCAACCCCUACCUGGAAAAAGUUUUCUUUUGA